AUGGCUACCACAAAAACAGGCCAGCCCUUUGACCGCGUCGUAUGCGAGAGCGUCCUCCGGAGACGUCUAUUCUACACCCCCUCCUUUGAAAUCUAUGGCGGGGUAUCGGGUCUCUACGACUAUGGCCCUCCCGGCUGUGCAUUACAAGCCAAUAUUGUCGACCUGUGGAGGAAACACUUUGUUCUGGAGGAGGACAUGCUCGAAGUCGAUACCUCAAUGCUUACGCCCCACGAGGUUCUAAAAACCAGUGGCCAUGUCGACAAGUUUGCCGACUGGAUGUGCAAGGACCCAAAGACCGGCGAGAUCUUCCGAGCAGACCAUCUGGUGGAGGAGGUCCUAGAAUCGCGGCUGAAGGGUGAUAAAGAAGCUCGCGGCCAGAAGGUCGUAGUAGACGAGGAGAAGGACGCCAAGAGGAAGAAGAAGGUCAAGGAAACAAAGAUCGUUAAGCUGGACGACGCAGUUGUGGCCGAGUAUGAGGAAGUACUGGCCCAAAUCGACAACUACGACGGUCCGGAACUCGGCGCCCUCAUUGUGAAAUAUGAUAUCAAGAACCCUGCUACCAAUGGUGAACUGCUUCCACCAGUCUCGUUCAAUCUCAUGUUCCAGACCUCGAUUGGCCCAAGCAGCAACCUCGCUGGUUACCUCCGGCCAGAGACAGCCCAGGGACAGUUCCUUAACUUCCAGAAGCUCCUAGAGUUCAACCAGCAGUCUAUGCCCUUUGCUUCCGCCUGUAUUGGUAAAUCCUUCCGCAACGAAAUCUCCCCACGUUCCGGCCUCCUCCGUGUGCGCGAGUUUCUAAUGGCAGAGAUUGAACAUUUUGUGGACCCUGAGGGUGGGAAGAAACAUCCCCGUUUCCAUGAAGUGAAGGAUGUGGAAUUGGCUUUUUUAAACCGUGAGGUCCAACUCUCCGGUAGCACGACUACGACACAUAUGAGCAUUGAAAAGGCUGUCGAAACCGGUCUUGUAGACAACGAGACGUUGGGUUACUUCCUUGCCCGUAUCUAUCUGUUCCUCCAGAAGAUCGGUAUAGAUGAGUCUAAAAUUAGAUGGCGCCAGCAUAUGAAGAAUGAAAUGGCCCAUUACGCAACCGAUUGCUGGGAUGCAGAAUUAUUGACCAGUUAUGGCUGGAUUGAGUGUGUUGGCUGCGCUGACAGGAGUGCGUACGACUUGUCUGUCCACAAGAACAAGACUGGCGCCCCUCUUGUCGUGAGGGAGACGCGAGCGGAGCCACUUCGAAUCGAGGAAUGGCAAGUUGAUAUCGAUAAGAAGAAGUUCGGCCCUCGCUUCAAGAAGGAUAGCAAAACGGUCGAAACGGCAAUUGAGGCCCUGACUCAGGAUGUCCGAGAGAAGCUUUCUGUCGACCUUGAGAAGAACGGCAAGAUUGAAAUUACGGUAGAGGGAGUUGGUGAAGGCACAGUCGAGAUUGGCAAGGACCUUGUCCAGAUUGAGAAGCGUACCAGGGUAGAAAACGUUCGAGAGUACACUCCCAAUGUCAUUGAGCCGUCAUUCGGAAUUGGUAGGAUACUUUACUGUUUGAUGGAACAUGCAUACUGGUCAAGGCCUGGCGAUGAAGCUCGUGCCGUGCUCUCUUUCCCACCCAGUGUUGCUCCUACCAAGGUGCUGCUGGUCCCCCUUUCCAACCAUGCAUCCUUCCAGCCACUCGUCCAGCGCCUGACUCUCAAGCUGCGCCGCCUCGGUGUUUCCAACCGCGUUGAUGAUUCUUCCGCCAGUAUCGGCAAGCGUUACUCGAGAAACGACGAGCUAGGUACCCCCUUCGGUAUCACGGCUGAUUUCCAGUCGGUCAAGGAUAACACCUACACUCUCCGUGACCGAGAUACCAUGAAACAGGUCCGCGCCAGUGAAGAUGAGAUCUGCAACGCCGUCAAGAGCCUGGUAGAUGGAGACGAGACCUGGAAGGAUAUCACGGACCGCCUGCCCGAGUUCACGGGCCAGGACGUGGACCUCGAGCCGCGCAUCCCAAAGCGGUUUAGCGACUUCUCCCAACCGCCAACGAGACCAAAACACCUCCUUUAUAUACAAAUCUCCGCAGACGCAGUACGGCGCGAUAUCGAGAGUCGUUCCACGCUCGAGCAUGAUACAAUGGCGCCUAAAAUCACUUCGUCCAAAAUAACGCUUUCCUGCCCGCUCUUUGCGGCUGAUUUCGAUCCCCGCAACCAUGGGUUCCUGCUGGUGGGAGGGGGCGGCGGUGAAGGACGCAGUGGCGUUGGGAACAAAAUCUCCCUACUCGAUACGUCCCGGCGCGAAGAGAUAUCGGAGGUAGUCGACAUCGAGCUCUCUCGCGAUGAGGAUUCAGUCACAUCUUUGGGCGUUUUGCAGUGCAGCGACAGUGAUAUCGUAGCUCUUGCUGGAAUAAACAGCUCCCAGACUGAACAGAAACGAGACAACAACAAACAUCUACGGUCCUUCGAAAUUGUAUACCCUCCCAGACGAAACGCAGCUGCAGGUUUAAAGAACGGGAGCUACGGCGGUGAUAGCGCAGAGUAUGUGAAGGUCGGUGAGGCAAAGACCAGGGCCUUAUCACAGGUCUCGUUAUUCAGGCCACAGGCGUCAAAAUCCGCCGAAGGAGAAACCUACCAGCGAAUACUACGACUCUCCCCAUGGAAGGGCGAAGGUUCGCAUCGCAUCGGUGCAAUCGCUACCGGCUUGGCUCCUCGUGGAGAACUCGUUCUUUUCGAAGCUGAGGCGCAAUCCGUAGCUUCGCCAAACGUCCUAGGGCGUGUCAUGCUAGGAGCUCAAGAAGAAGUGGAGGAUGUGGAUAUUAUAGACUCGAGCGAAGACGGUACCUUUAAAUUGGCCUAUACGGACGGAAAGGAGGUUUAUCUAUCGAAUAUCUCGAUAUCGUCGAAACGAGGCUUGCAAGUAGAGUCUAUAUAUAAAGUCGGUGAAGGGCCGAAAAGCAGCAAGAUAAGGGCUGUGCGCUUUAUUUCCACAAAUACCCUACUUUUACUUCAAAAUUACCAUGGCCGCAGCGGAUGCGAGCUAGUGGUUAUCUCCUUGCCCACCCAGACGUCGAAGUGGACAAUCACUCGAAGGAAACGCCUCCACAGGUCAAUGAAGAUUGGGCUAGGUUUGGAUAUCUGUCGGCUAUCUCAGUCACCUGCUGGUGAAAGCCAAAGUAUCAUCGCUGUCUCGGGCAGCGAUCUCUCUAUUGAAGUGUUCACUCUUGAGUCUGCGUCCAAGGGCCAAGUUGGGAAACUACAACAUUACACUACCUUUACCGAUGUCCAUCCGUUUUCGAUGACGAGGAUAGCGUUUUCAACAUUCAUUCCUCCAACCCUGCCUGUUACGUCAGAAGUGCGACCCCAGUUCGUAAAACUGGCAUCCGUCAGUGUGGGAAAUACGGCCAUUGUCCACACUUUCCCGCUAUCUCCUUAUCCUACCACUUCUAAACAUCCACGAUACGUCCUCGUCGCUCCUGGCAUGUCGGAACUUACCAACACUAUAUUUAGCUCUCUCGUGGCCAUAUUUGUCGUUGCUUUGGGUGCUUUCUUCCUUCAAGCUUUCACGGAAAUUCGGGGCGGUGUUCCACCUACCUUGGGCGCUACUAACUGGCUGAGCCCGCGUCUUCGCGAAAUGCUAGCACGACCAUAUAUGUUUGAGAACGGUCACCCGAAUGCCCGCACGUCUGGCCCUUCAUUACAAGACAUCCCCCAAUUCAAAUCCGCAUCACAGCCACUUCGAGAGCUGGUAUCGUCCCUAUCACGGGCCAAGGCGAAAGCCGGUUCCUCUACCUCUGAUAAACCACAUGAAGCUAUCGUUGUCCAUGAUCUUGGAUCGGAAAUAUCAGCUCAGUCUACUGUCCUCUCAGCAGGCGAGAAUAAGCACGGUAUAGAUCAUUCGAAAGCUAAAAAAUGGGAAGACCUACCCGAGGAACAGCGCGAGGCAUGGAAGAAAAAACUCUCAGAUGCUGGCCAUUGGGCCCUCGAGGAAGGCGAAGUGGUGCUUCGCGGUGUAUUUUUUGGCGAAUUGGCCGGAUUUGUUGGCCAGAUUAUGGCUUAA